CACCUACGUCAAAUCUAUCGUCAUGUCAAAUAUAGUAAAAUUAUGUAAUGGCUGGCAGUUUGUCACUGCCACAAAUUAAUUAUUCUUUUCUCCCCACAGCCUCCCAUUCUAGCUAAAACAAUGGCUGUGUCAGUACGGAUUUUUUCUCGGUUGAGAGAGGGCCUGAAACUCAACAAUGUGAGGUAUUCCUCUGGCACUCCAUACGCAGAAACCAGAAAAAAUCUGGUACUGACCUCAGAAACAAAAGUCAUUGUCCAGGGUUUCACCGGCAAGCAGGGCACCUUCCACAGCCAACAGGCACUCGACUAUAAGACACAAGUUGUUGGCGGAGUGUCACCCAAAAAGGCAGGAACAGAACAUUUAGGGAAGCCGGUAUUUGCAACAGUAAAAGAGGCGAAAGCAGCAACUGGGGCGCAUGCUAGUGUUAUAUACGUGCCUCCCCCAGCUGCGGCCCAGGCUAUCUUGGAGGCCAUCGAGGCAGAGAUGCCUUUAAUCGUGUGCAUCACCGAGGGAGUGCCACAACAUGACAUGGUGCGCGUGAAACACGCUCUGCUAAGGCAAAACAAAUCCCGGCUGGUCGGCCCCAACUGCCCCGGGAUCAUCGCGCCGGAGAAGUGCAAGAUCGGCAUCAUGCCGGCCGCGGUGCACAAGAGGGGCUGCAUAGGUGUUGUUUCCCGCUCUGGUACCCUGACCUAUGAAGCUUGCCAUCAAACCACCACGACUGGUUUGGGUCAAACCCUGUGCGUCGGCAUUGGCGGCGACCCUUUCAACGGCACAGACUUCAUUGACUGCCUGGAAGUCUUCCUAGCAGAUCCCGAGACGAAGGGCAUAAUCCUCAUCGGUGAGAUCGGAGGCAACGCAGAGGAAUUGGCGUCGGAGUACCUCACUCAGUACAACACUGGCCAGAAAGCGAAACCCGUGGUUUCAUUCAUCGCUGGCUUGACCGCCCCGCCCGGCAGGAGAAUGGGUCAUGCCGGAGCCAUUAUUUCCGGCGGAAAGGGAGGCGCCAUGGACAAAAUAAAAGCCCUAGAAAAAGCAAACGUCAUCGUCACACGCUCACCUGCAAAAAUGGGCACCGAACUCUUCAAAGAAAUGAAAAGACUAGAACUGGUCUAAGUAACGCUUAUAUUUACCACAAGAUUGUAUGUCUAUUCUGUAUAGUCUUAGUAAAUAACGGAAUUAUUUAUUUCCUAAUGUUAUAUCAGUGAUAUUGUUCCAAUCAGGAAAUUAUGAAGCGUUUUAAUAAAACGAAAUUUUUAAUACAACCAUAUAAUCGUCCACAUAAAUUUAGAUUUCAAAAAUCUCUACUUGUUAAAUUUUGAAAUUAUGCACGACAUUGUUAGCUGAGCACUAUAUUAUAUAGGCGACAUGGACACAUUUUGUUAUAUAUUUUACAAACUUUAUAUUUUAGUCCAUGAUAGGCGAUAAGUGUCGUAUUAAAUAUAAGUGUUACAUAAUCGAUCAAAUUUUCGUAAGCUUAAAUUCAAGACAAUUUCCUGACUACGCUUUUACUGUUGUAUUGUAU